ACCGCGAGGAUGUUCGUUCUGGACUGGCUGGGCGACGUCCUGUCCCGGCUGGGCAUCUGGCAGAAGGGCGGCAAGAUCCUCUUCCUGGGCCUGGACAACGCGGGCAAGACGACGCUGCUGCACCGGCUGAGCGCCGACCGCAUGGCCCAGCACGUGCCCACGCUGCACCCGACUUCGCAGGAGCUGCGCGUGGGCAACGCCCGCUUCACCACGUUCGACCUGGGCGGACACUCGCAGGCGCGCCGCGUCUGGCGCGACUACUUCCCCGCAGUGGACGCCGUCGUGUUCCUGGUGGACGCGCACGACCGCGACCGGUUCGCCGAGUCGAGCGCCGAGCUGGAAGCCCUGCUGGCCGACGAGCAGCUCGCCGGCUGUCCCGUGCUCGUGCUGGCCAACAAGAUCGACAAGCCGGGAGCCGCGAGCGAGGACGAGGUGCUCGACGCGUUCCGCCUCAAGGGCCAGGUCACCGGCAAGGGCGUCGUGCCCCGGGACGAGCUCGGGGAAGUCAGGCCGCUCGAGACGUUCAUGUGCAGCGUGCUCCGGAGGCAGGGGUACGGCGACGGCUUCCGAUGGCUCGCGCAGUACAUCUGA